ACAAUCGCCAAAAAAAAAAACAAGAAACAAAAAAAAAAAAAAUUUAAAUAUCCAAGUUGCAACUUAUAUAAAUACCAAGAGAAAGCUCUCUUAUGAGCUGAGAAAACAAAAAUGGCGACUCAAACCCUCCACACUUGCACAGUUCAGCAAGCUCGAGCCACUAUUAACAGGCUCCACAUUCUCUUCCACUCCGUAGCCACACUAGCCCUACUCUACUACAGAAUCUCCCACCUCUUCCUCGGCGACGUACCAGUCUUAUCAUGGACUCUCGUCACCAUAUCCGAGCUCAUCUUCACCUUCGCAUGGUUCCUCGUACAAGCCUUCCGGUGGAGGCCGGUCAGCCGGGCAGUGUACCCGGAAAAGCUCCCGGGCAACUCAGAGUUGCCCGGGGUGGACGUGUUCAUCUGCACCGCCGAUCCUAAGAAGGAACCGACGGUGGAGGUGAUGAACACGGUGUUGUCGGCGAUGGGGCUCGACUAUCCGGCGGAGAAGCUGGCGGUGUAUUUGUCAGACGACGGUGGUUCGAAGGUGACGAGGAAUGCGAUGAAGGAGGCGUGUGAGUUUGCGAGGAUUUGGAUUCCGUUUUGUAGGAAGUAUGGGAUUAAGAGUAGAUGUCCUCUUGCUUAUUUUUCAUCGUUUGGUGAUGAGGAACGUGCUCUUAGGAGUGAUCAAUUUAGGGCCGAGGAAGGUGAGAUCAAGUCCACAUAUGAAUUAUUCAAGAAAAAUGUGGAGAAAGCUACUGAAUGCAAUGAUAUUGAAGAAUGUGCCGUGAACGAUCAUCCUCCUUGCGUAGAGGUAAUACAUGACAAUGGAAAACAUGGUGAGGACAACAAUGACCAAACUAAGUUGCCUCUUCUUGUCUAUGUAUCUCGUGAAAAAAGACCAUCUCACCCUCAUAAUUUCAAGGCCGGAGCCCUCAAUGCUUUGCUUCGAGUUUCAGAGAUAAUGAGUAAUGGCUCUUAUGUGCUAGUACUUGACUGUGACAUGUACUGUAACGAUCCAACCUCAGCUCGACAAGCAAUGUGCUUCCAUCUUGACCCUCAAAUCUCUCAAUCUCUUGCUUUUGUACAAUAUCCUCAAAUCUUCUAUAAUGUUAGCAAGAAUGAUAUCUAUGACAGCCAAGCAAGAUCGGCUUACAAGACAAAAUGGCAAGGCAUGGAUGGGCUAAGUGGUCCUUUAUUCACUGGUACGGGCUAUUAUGUAAAGAGAAAGGCACUCUUUGGAAGUGCUAACCAAAAGGUCACUUUUCUUCACGAGUCAGAAAAAAGCAAUGGAAAGAGAAUUGUAUCAAGUUCAAUAUUAAUAGAAGAAGCUAGGAAUUUGGCUUCUUGCACCUUUGAGAAAGGCACAACAUGGGGUAGAGAGAUAGGUUACUCUUAUGAUUCUUUGUUGGAGAGUACAUUCACUGGUUAUCUUUUGCACUGCAAAGGGUGGAAAUCUGUUUAUCUUUAUCCCAAAAGGCCGUGCUUCUUGGGAUGUACCACAAUUGACAUGAAAGAUGCCAUGGUGCAACAACGUAAGUGGAGUUCCGGAUUGGUUCAAGUUGGUCUUUCAAAGUUCAGCCCUCUCACAUAUGGUCUGUCAAGAAUGUCUAUUCUUCAGAGCAUGUGCUAUGGAUACUUCACAUUUGUAUCAUUUCACUCUCUUGCUUUCCUGUUAUACGCAACCAUCCCUCAGCUUUGCUUGUUGACUGGCAUUCCAGUGUACCCAAAGCUUUCAAGCACAUGGUUUGCUUUAUUUGCAAUUGUAUAUGCAUCUUCACUUUGUCAACAUUUAUACGAAGUCCUUUCUAGUGGUGGCUCAAUUAGUUCAUGGUGGAAUGAACAGAGAAUUUGGAUGAUAAAGUCCGUCACAGCGUGUUUGUUUGGAUGUCUAGAUGUGCUCAUGAAAUGGAUAGGCAUAGCCAAAGUGAAUUUCAGGUUGACAAACAAAGCGAUUGACCAAGAAAAGCUCGAAAAAUAUGAGAAAGGUAAAUUUGACUUCGAAGGAGCAAAGCUUUUCAUGGUGCCCUUAACAAUAUUAGUCGUAUUGAACAUAGUUUGCUUCAUUGGGGGAUUGAAAGGGCUGAUUACUGAGAAGACUUUUGAUGAGAUGUUUGCACAAGUUUUUCUUUCAUCUUUGAUACUAGUUUUUAGUUAUCCUAUACUUGAAGGGAUUGUGCAAAAGAAAGGCAAGAGAAAAGCUUGAGGUCUUGUAAUUGGGUAGUUUUAUUUAAAAGAUCUAUCUGUGCAUUUUCCAUGUUAAAAAUGGAGAUUAUGAAAUGAUUUCACUGGAGUAAUACAAAAGAUUUCAAAACUUGGGAUGAUUA